CCUAACCUCUAAACAAAACAACGUGUGUCUGUUAUGGUUUGAAUUGUUUUUACAAUUUUUACUAAAAUAUUCCAAAAAUAUCGUAAUAAACAUUGAUUGCUUUUAAUUAAUUAUGGAAUACUCUAGCAGCGAUUCAGAAUUAAGUGAUAGCGAUAGAGAGCUUCAAGAGGCUUUUGCUGAAGGUAAACUCAAACCUGGCUUAAACACAGUACAUCAGGCCCCUAAACAGUUUGUAAAUAACACACAAGCACUAAAGCAAAAAUUAGAAGAAAUAUCGCUUGACCUACCAUGGAUUGAAAGAUUGGACUUUACAAGUGACCAAGCCCCUUUAGCUCCAGAACUAGCGGCUCAGCUACUGGCACACGAACAAAAAAGGGAAAACCAACUUAAAAACAAUAAAAAACUGCCACAACUCAAACCUAGUGACGAUCCCGUAUUGAAUGACUUUAAAAGGGAAAUGGCUUUUCAUAGGCAAGCACAGGCCACCAUUCUAGAUGCUAUACCUAAACUGAAAGCUCUGGGUUUACCCACAAAAAGGCCUGAAGACUAUUUUGCAGAAAUGGCAAAGACAGAUGAACACAUGCAAAAAAUCAGAGAGCAUUUAAUGCAAAAGCAGCAACAACAACAGAGAAGUGAAAGGGUGAAACAGCUGAGGCAACAGAGAAAAGAAGGAAAGAUGCUCCAGGUCCAGACAAAACUUCAAAGGGCCCAAGAAAAGAAAGAAAUGUUGGACCAAGUGAAAAAAUACCGAAAAGGAGUGUCAAAAGACUUGGAUUUCUUGGAUUCUAAGAAAAGUAAGGCGUUAUCUAGGAAAGCUUUGGAAAAAAGGAAAAUGAAGGACAGGAAGUUUGGCUUUGGGGGUAAAAAGAAAGGGUUGAAACAAAACACUAAAGAGAGUGCUUCUGAUAUAAGUGAAUACAGGAGACCUAAGCCUGCUAAUAAAGGAAAGGGAAAUAAACCGGGGAACAAGAAUGUUAAGAACAGACCAGGCAAGAAUAGAAGAAUUAAAGCUAGAAAUAAGAAAUAAAUAAUGUUAUCCUAAUGUUUUUUUAAGUCAUUCUCCUAAUAAACAAAAAUGUUUUAAU